AUGGGGGGUACGAAGGCUCGGGAUGUUAAUGGGUAUAAACUUUGUGCUUAUGCACCUCAAUCGGGACUGAGCGAGGAGGUCAAAAGGUGCUUCUGGGAGGAUUUGGACGAAGUUGUGCGCAGUAUCCCACAGUCCGAGAAGAUUUUCAUAGAGGGUGGCUUUAAUGGUCAUGUUGGGAAGACGACUAGGGGUUAUGACGAGGUGCAUGGCGGGUUCGGUUUCGGGGUUAGGAACGAGGUCCGGUACUUGGUUGUUGAGUUUGCUAAAGCGUUUGACUUUGUGCUUGCUAACACGAGUUUUAAAAAAAGGGAGGAUCACCUGGUCACUUUCCGGAGCAGGGUUGCCAAGACUCAGAUUGAUUAUCUUCUCCUCAGGAGAAGUGAUACGGGCCUAUGCACGGAUUGCGAGGUUAUCCCGAGUGAGUGUUUGUCAACGUAG